AUGGCGUUCGAACUGAAAACGGCGCAUUCAAGGGAUGGCACCAAGAUCGCCUUCUACCAGAUCGGCACGGGCCCGGGCAUCAUCAUCCUCCAUGGCGCGAUGCAGCAUGGUCUCAGCCACAUGGACCUCGCAAAGGCGCUGUCGGAGAAUUUCACCUGCUAUCUGCCUGACCGGCGAGGACGUGGCAAGUCCGGCCCCACGGGCAGAGACUACUCGAUCCAGAAAGAAGUGGAAGACGUCGAAGCCAUCCACCUCGUGACGGGCGCAAAGUUCCUUUUCGGCGUCAGCUCAGGGGCACUGAUCACACUGAGAGCGGCACUGGCAGCACCGCCCUCGCACAUACGGCGCAUUGCGGUGUUUGAACCCCCCUGGCGGCCUGAAGCGGAUCGCGAGGCCAUGACGGCGUGGGUGCAGCGAUACCAUGCUGAGAUCGAUCGCGGGGAGCUUGCCAAAGCCGCCGUGACCACGAUGCUUGGAACGGAGAUGGGUCUCGCCAUUUUCCGGUCAAAAUACUUCCCCCAAGGCGCGCUGGUGCUCCUGGCCAAAGUGCUCCUGGCGUUCGAGCAGCACACCACCGGCCACAACAACAGCAACAACAAACCAAACAGCAAGGAUUCGUCGCCCUCGGACGGCGAGCAGCAGUACGCAGGGCCAUUGAUCAAGGACCUAAUUCCCACGGUGCGUAACGACAUCGAGAUCGCCAUGUCGAUGCUCGGGGAAGAGUCCCUGCAGAAGCUGGCAGCGAUCCAGACCGAGACGCUCAUACUGGGCGGGAGUCGGAGCCAGGCGUACUUGAAGAACGCGGUCCACGAGCUGGAAAGGACCCUCCCCAACGCGGUGCGCGUCGAGUUCGACGGCCUCGACCACGGCGCCACCUUCAACAAAGCACAACACGGCAGUCCGGACGUGUUCGCCGCAGAGCUGCGUCGGUUCUUUUCUCAGGGCAACGAUGAGGCGGCGCAAGGGAAUGCCUCACCUCCGUGA